AUAAAGUUUUAUGAAAAUAACAACAUUUUCAGUGUGCAAACGGAUCUUUCAUUCAUCCUACAAUGGGGGAACAAGGAAAAGCCGUGCCAUCCCUGGUAUGUUUGUGCGCACAGAAGCUAGUGAACGACCAAGCCUCCCUCCGCAUGAUGCUGGACUCCAUCCCCUGCGAUCUCUACAGGCCGCUCUUCUCUGCUGCUUUCCUGGGGAGGAAGACUUUGAUACUGCAGGACUUGGUGCAGCAAUGGCCCUUCUCCAACCUCAGUUUCCAGAAGCUGCUUCCAGGCAACCUCGGCCAGUUCCACCAUCUUUCCAACAGUGUGUGCGUGAAAGCCGUUAUAAGGGGUGUCGUGGCUUACCUGAGUGAUGCACUGAGCAGAGAGAGUCAGGAGAGGAGGCAACGGUUGCGUAUUCUAGAUAUAACGGACGACCCCUGCAGCUUCGACCUGAAUGAAGACCACAGAAGUCUGCGUUCACACUUGAUGACCCUGGCUAAGGCAUGUAUCGAUCUCUCUAAGAGAUGCCGUGAUGAAGCCAUGCAAGCAAGGAAGAGGAGUGAUUUCAAGUUGGCCCCACAAUCUUCCCUUAACACCGUUUAUGUAGACGUUUGGAUAGACAUCUUUAAUUAUAGCACAUAUUACCCCAUCCUGAAGGAGGCACUCCAGGCGAGCGUGCAUGGCCCCCUGCGCCUGCGUUGCCGCAACCUACAUAACUGUAUGAUGCCCCUGUGUAAAACAGGGGAGCUGCUGGACCUCCUGAACCCAGCAGGGGUGCGCAGGAUCGAACUGUACAAUAUCAUCACCCUAGAUGAGCUCAACAUCAUUCUGCCCAACAUGGUCAAGUUCUGCUCCCUGCGCAGCGUCAAAUUGACCUUCUGCAUCAACAGCAUCCAGAGGCUAAAACAUGACACCAUGAAGAAAUUCGCCACGCUCAUCGGACAGCUGAGCUCCCUGAAGGAGCUAAACCUUGGAUAUUCCUUCCUUUCGGGGUGCCUACAGCAGCUGCUGGGGGGAAUACAAGAGCCGCUGGAGAGUUUGGAAUUGGGGUACUGUAAUCUGCUGCCGGUAGAUUUAUAUUAUUUGUCUGAGAGCCACCACAUCUCCUCGCUUAAGAAGUUGGACCUAAGGAGGCAUAACCUGUCAGAGCACCUUCUCCCCGCUUUCCUCCAGCUCCUGGCUGCUAUCUCCUCCUCCCUCCGUUAUCUGGACAUCUCUAUGUGUCAGCUAAGUGACCACAACCUCUCGGUUCUGGUGCCCACCCUCUGCUACUGUUCCCAUUUGCGGUGCCUGGUACUUGCCAUGAACCCAUUAUCUACUCGGGCACUGAGGAGUCUCUCCCAGAACUGUGCACACCUCCAGGAGCUCCAACUGGUGGUCUAUUCGUGUCCACGUGACUGUUAUAUUUGUGGUCCAUUCUCUGUUCACUACAUUGACAAGGAGAAGCUCAGAGGAUUUGUGGCAGAGCUGAAUGAGAUAUUGGUGAGGGCAGAGCGGACGGAUAUUGUGUGGGCAAGGAAUAUGUCUGUUCUUCAUAAUCCAGUCUACUUGAACCUCUGGCGCUGAUAACCACUGAAACGUAGACUUGAGUCUAAACUCCAGCCAGAACUGUUUUA